AUGGAUUUUGCAGGACAUUGUUGGAUGAAGGAAUUCGCAGAAAUGUCUGCUGCGCUAUAUCAGUUAUCCGUUCUGAUCUCGUCAUUUGCAAAAUACUCCGCAGUUGUUUCCAGACUGCAAUGUAAAUGGAAAGGUUCGUGUCGGACACAGCGUCAAAUUCUGGAUACUAUCAUUGGUGUAACCGUUUGGAAAGAACUGACGGAAGUCGAUUUUUUUUCUGAUUACAUUUGGGAUGGACUUGCAAUGAUGAUUACUAAUCUAGAGAAGCUGAUACGCUGGCUCACAACAUAUCCCGCUGGCUUAAAAUUAAAUGCUCAUUUGAAUACCAUAUUAUCACAGUUCUUUGUAUAUCAUAUCUAUUUAUGGCAAACUUAUUUAUCAGUAGCAAGUGUUUACAUUGGAUUUGGUUUCAUUUCUUUAUCGUGUUUCUUUGGCUUAUCUGUUUUUUUCGCUGCUUUAUCUGAUCUCCUUCAGCUACUCACCGUGCAUAUAUACUGCUUUCAUAUUUACGCUUUCAAGUUGGCAACACUGUCAAUAAUUAAAACUAGACGCGAGACAGCUAUUCAUAGCUACUUUAUUUUUCACCAUAUUACUUUUUCUUCUUCCUACGAUACUUGUUUAUUUCUUCAUAUUUUCAUCGCUGCAUUACGGAGUGUGCGCUAUACAAAUGCUCCUCUCGGUGCUGUCGAUUGUUCAGGAUAA